UUUUUUUCUUUCUACUUUCUUUUUUUCUUAUUUAUACAAGAGAAAAAAAAAACUACUAUAGAUUUUCGUAUACAUAAAUAUUUAUUUAUUUUAAUAUACGUAUACACACACACACACACAUACAUACAUACAUAUAAAUACAUAUAUAUAUAUAUCCAUCAUGGGCUGCUGUCAAUCAACUGAACAAAUUGAAGAGAAGCAAAGAAACCAAGAAAUUGAUGCACAAAUUAAACGAGAUAGGGCCAAUUUGAAAAAAGAAAUAAAAAUGUUGCUUUUAGGCGCGGGAGAAUCAGGCAAAUCUACUAUUUUAAAGCAAAUGAAAUUGAUUCAUGAUGGUGGAUAUACACCUGAAGAAAGAGAAAGUUUUAAAGAAGUCAUAUUUAGUAAUACUCUACAAUCCAUGAGAGUGACUCUAGAGGCUAUGAAUAAUUUGGGCGUUUUAUUUGAAAAUCAAGAAAAUGAAAUACAUAAACGACUUAUUAUGGAAGCACCUCCACAAAUUGAUUAUUUAGGUCAUGAACUUGUUGAAGCCAUUGACUCUCUUUGGUCAGAUAAAGGAGUUCAAGAGUGUGUUCAUAGAUCAAAUGAAUUUCAACUAAAUGAUUCAGCACGAUACUAUUUUGAUUCAAUUCUCCGUAUCGGACAACCAAAUUAUAUGCCCAGUGAUCAAGAUGUACUACGAUCUCGUGUAAAAUCUACAGGCAUUACAGAAACUACCUUUGUCAUUGAAUCACUUACUUAUCGUAUGUUUGACGUGGGGGGUCAAAGGUCAGAACGAAAGAAAUGGAUUCAUUGCUUUGAAAAUGUGACAGCCUUGGUAUUCUUGGUAGCUAUUUCAGAAUAUGAUCAAGUCUUAUUUGAAGAUGAAAGUGUGAAUCGUUUACAAGAAUCUUUAACUCUAUUUGAUUCUAUUUGUAAUUCAAGAUGGUUUAUAAAGACUUCAAUUAUUUUAUUUUUGAACAAAAUUGAUUUGUUUGCUGAAAAGCUCUCUCGUAGUCCAUUAAGUGAUUACUUUGAUGAUUAUAGAGGUGGUGAAAAUUAUGAUGCAGCCUGUCAGUAUCUCUUACAGAAAUUUGUAUCUUUAAAUACCAGAGCUGAUACAAAGCAAAUUUAUACUCAUUUGACUUGUGCAACGGAUACAAAACAAAUCAAAUUCGUGAUGAAUGCUGUCAAUGAUAUUGUGGUUCAUGAUAACUUACGUAAUGUGGGCCUUUUAUAAAAGAAAAAGGAAAAGGAAAAGGAAAACCCCCCCUGAUUUCUGAUUGUAAAACUUCAUCUUUGUUAUAUCUACACAUGUUACCAUAAAAAAUAUCGUUUUAUUAUAUCCUAUUUUAUUAUAUCCAUUCUAGACAAGAAGUGUUAAACUACUUGUUUCAUUAAUAUCAAUCGUAAAACAUAAGGGCUCAAUAUUGAUCGACAUUAAAAAUAUAUAAAUAUAUAAUAAAUUGCUCCUAUAAUAUAUAUGUGUGAUAUGC